UAAGCAAGAAAACAAAGUCUCUCUGGUAGUACUCAGUUCUUCACUCAGGGUGUGUGUGGUGGGCACGUGUACAAGCAGCAUCAAAACUGACCUUGAUCACGCACUCUGUUUAACUGGGCUCUUGAAUCCAGAACUCAAUUGGGCUAGUCUGAUGUGGGAGUCCUCUCUGUAUGUUAUGAAUAUGCUUUAUUACCAAUGGUUAAUAAAGAAGCUACUUUGGCCUACGGCAGGGCAGAAUAGGGGUAGGCAGGAAAACUAAACUGAAUACAGGGAGAAUGAAGGAGGAAGCAGGCAGAUGUCAUGUAGCUGAUGAAGGAGAAACACUCCAGGACCCUACCAGUAAACCAUGAGCCUCAAGGUAGAAAUAUAAAAUAACAGAAAUGGGCUAAGAUGUAAGAGCUAACUAGGAAUAUUCCUGAUCAGUUGGCUAAGCAGUGUUGUAAUAAAUACAAUUUCUUUGUGAUUAUUUGGGUCUGGGUACAGUCUCUGUUUAUACUGUCUGGUCUGCAGAGUACUGGGACCACAGGGGUGCCACAUCUACCCAGCUUUUACGUUUGUUUUGGGAACCUGGACUCCAUUCUUUAUGAUGGCACAGCAACCACUUCGUCCACUCACUCAAUCAUCUUUUGCCUGUUUACUGAAUUUCCAAAGUGAAUUUCAUAGGUUAGGAUAUAAAGUAACGGGUUUCAUCAUGGUCUUUCCUGACUGCAUGUGUGCCUGUAUGCAUGCUUGUCGCUAGAAGCUGACACGGGGCAUUUCCAUUCCUCUCCACUGUCUGUGUUAAGGCAGGAUCUCUCGCUUGAACCCAGAGCUAGCUGAUGUGGCUUAUUUGUAGGAGGGAUCAUUUCUCCACCUUCCAAGUGAUCAGAUUGGAGGGAGGCUGCCACAUUUGCCAUUUAUCUGUGUCCCAGGGCUCUGAAAUCUGGUCCUCACACUUCCACGGCACACACUUUACCCAUUGAGCCAUGUAUGUUCCCAACCCCCGACAACUUUAAGUGAUCCUACCUACCUUUUAUAGAUAAUUGUAGAAAAUUAGAUUUUCUUUAUGACUGAGCCCACUCAUAGCUAUAAUUUAUUGAGCUUCUAACAUAUGUUCAUUAUUUAAUCCGCGAGCAGAUACCAUGAGUGGCAGCUGAAAGAUAAGGAGAGUUUGGAAUAUUGAAGCAAUUCUCCGAGGCCACAAGACGACCAUUGUCUGGAUGUGGUAGAGAAGUCUGACACGAAGCCGCUAGAACUUAUUUACUUUAGCAGUAGCAUCUCCUAUGGUCUCCACAGGACUUGCUUGGUUUUCAUAGUGCUGAGGCUUCACGCGCUAAGCAAGCGCCGGGUGCUCUUACUGACCUACAACCCCAGUCUUUUGAGACCUGAAACAAGACACGGGAUGUCAGAGUAUGUUCUGCUUUCUUUUUAUAACAUUCUAGCAACAAUUCAAAGUGUAAUUGGGAAUGAAAACAAUCGAUAAGCUAUCAUGUAAGAAAAAACCCAGACAGGUUUCCUUUCGAUUUGCCAUCUGCUGUCACAGGGUAUGCUUACUCUCUUAGCACAUUUGCUUAUGGUGUACAAGUAUCUGGGUUAGGCAGUGGGGAAUACAAGGCUGGGUGGAAACAACCCAUCUUCCAGGAAAUGAUAACCCAGCAAGGGAGAGCACACGUAUGUAAGUAACUGGAAUUAACCAGAAUGCUGUAAAUCAGAAUCAGAGGCAGAGGAUCAUAAAGGUCCCAUAUACUACUUUUUGUUGGAAUGAAAUCAUACUUAGGUUCUCACGGCAAAUAUAAACAAGCAGGUUUAGAAUUUACCCAUUACAUAUGUUCAAAGUAGCUCUAGAUAGAGUAAUAGAAUUGUGAUGCCUUGGCAAUUCUAUUCACAAAAAUCAAUGUCAUUUUUCAAAACAUUUACCGAUUUCACCAUUUCCUAAAAAGUUAGUCUCUUGACUAAAAUUUGAGGACUUAUCUCAUCAGUAAAGGUAUUAGCUAGUAGGCAUUUUGCCUACUUCUUCACAUUUACUUGGUAUUUUAAAUACUACUACUUUCACAUAAUUAAUUAUAACCAAUUAUACCAGAGCAAAUUGAAGACUGCAGAGGGUGGAUCAUGAGGAGUAGAAAGUCUUACAUUUCUCCUUUGAAAUCACAGGACACAUGAGCUUGACAGAGAAUGUGACAAACAAUCCACUUAUUCCAAUGCUGUCUUCCCUUCGAAAGAUGUGUUGUACUUUUCCUAUUGGCUUAGAAUGGGAACCAAUAAGGAACCAGGAGCCUUGUAGCUAUUCAUAAAGCAAGCCUGGCAUUGUGAAAGCUGGUAAAGAUUGCUUUGUUCUUUGCCUCUGACUUUCAGAAUCUUAUGGGGUUGACAUUUUUCUUUUGAAUAGUAAGCAAAAAUAAUUCAGCUUGGGUGGUGUUUGCCUUGAAAUAUAUUCUCUAAUGUUAAUUCCUUUUUUGUUUAGACUUAAGAUGUGAUAAAUCUUUAAAAAGAUGUUCAAAAGAAAAUCAAGAACUUAAAUACAAGUUUAUUAUCAUGUCGAACAUACUCCAGGUGAACAAAAAUAAUAUAAAUUUGCUAGAUUUGUUUGAAGUUUAUAAUUAUUAAGGUUCUUUCAUUUCAAAAGUGGUAUAAUUAGUUAUUAGUCUCCUAAUAGCUGCCUAGAAGCAGAGUUAAUGUUAGGUUCUCAGCAAUAGCUAUUUAUGCUUGGGAUUCUGGAUUAUUACAAUUUUUGUUUAUGAUAAUAUUUAGAAAAAGCCUGCAAGGUGUUUACACAAAUUUUUCUAAACAUUGAAACUCAUGAUCUCUAAGACAAAAAGAAAAUGAAAAUAAUUUUUCCUUUGAUAUUCUUUUCUGUGUAAAAGAUUUUUUCAGAAAAUGUACCAUCUUAAGUCUCUGCUGAAAUGUUCUAGUUUCUAGAAAAAAACCCCUAGACUUUUUUCUUUGAGUGAGAGAGCGUUCAAACCAGACUUAAAAGGGAUUUUUUUUAACUUGUAUCCUGUCCAAAUUUACAUUCAGUUUAAGUAAUUGCCGUAAGAGCAUUGACAGAUAAUCUGUAUCUUUGAUGUACAUGAAUACUUUAUCAUGAGGUUAGUUUACUGCUGCGGGGAUGGGGGUGGGGCAGAGAACAAAUACAAAGUAAUUGCAAAGAGAGAGGAAACUCCUGAAGAAGACAGAAAAGGCGAAGCGGUCAGUACCAUCAUUAAUCAGAAGGCUAGUGUAAGUAAGACACUUUUGUACUCUGAAAGCACUGACCGCUGCACGUCAGGACAGAACACAUAAAACAGGGAAGAACAGCAGAGUCCAGCAAGAAAAACAUGGAGCGGGUUUAGGGGACGGGCUAAUAAUCCAGGAUCCUAAGAGGGAAGGGAACACUGUUGCUUUUUCUUGGCACCUGAAAACUCCAGCUCCACGGGGGCAAAGGCCGCAGCUCUUUUGGGCUCGGGCCAGCGUGUGCCGACCGCACGUUGGCGGCGCGGGCCGGGAGCCGGCAGCCUCCGUCCGGGUCGCGGCGGCCGCGGGGCCCUUUGUUUCCCGCGGGGCGCCGCCGCCUGUCUGCCCCGAGCGAGCGGGGCCCCCGUGGGGGACAGCGUGGGCCCCAUCGCCUCGCCCCUCCGACCUCGCAGCUGCAGCCCGGCCCGCCCCAGCUCCCAGUUCCUCCCUCGCUGCCCGGGCCAAAAAAACGACCUUGUUUUGCUUUUCGGGAGAGAGUGAGAAAACAGCUUUAGAGUUGCAGAUGUCAACUGUGGCCUUCCUGAGCACAUUGGUAUCGGCGGUGCCAGACAGACAGCACAUGUGGCUCGUGGCUGUCAUUACUGGAAGGUGGAGGGAGCUAUGACACAGUUUAAUUAAAGGUCCUAUUACUACUGGAUUUGCAAGAUUUUAAUAUGAUUUUUUCUUUGAAUUAUGAUUUAAAUAUCAAAAAUCUUUAAAUUUUUUUAAAAAGGGAAAUAUUUUAGUUUUGGAAGUCAGAAUGCCGAGGAAAAGGAAAAAUCUUGGGGGAAAUCCUUUGCGGAAGACUGCAAACUCUCAGGAAAUUGUCGUGUCCCGUGUUGCUAGUCAUGAGGAGCCAACCACUACUCUCCCUUCCAUGUGUGACACAAAAAUUGCUCAGGAAGAACUCUUCACCAGUAUCUCAGAGAUGUUUUCUGCUCUGGAUCCUGAUGUAGUGUAUUUGAUGCUUUCUGAAUGUGAUUUUAAAGUUGAAAAUGCUAUGGACUGUCUACUAGAAUUAUCUGCCACUGAUGCCAAGAUGGAAGAAUCGCCUUCACAAACUUGUGUUGCUUGUGAGGACAAGCCAGUUGCAUCAGGAAGUGCAGCAAAGGACAUGCGUCCUCCUGAAGAAGACAGUGAAGAUUCAAAACUGGAUUCAUUUUUGGAUAUGCAGCUAACUGAAGACUUGGAUUCCUUAAUACAGAAUGCUUUCGAGAAAUUGAACUCUUCUCCUGAUGACCAAGUAUAUUCAUUUUUGCCUUUGCAAGAUGCUAAGAGUUUUAAUAACCCUUCUACCUUUAUGAAUUCAGAUUCUAGUGGUAUGACUUCUGUUCUUUCUGUACAGAAUACGGGCUCAAACAAUGAAAUUCUCCAGAAUUCUGCUGCUUCACUAAGUUCAAACCCACUGACUUCACCUUCAGUUUUGAAUGACUCUAAAAGUUUUACCAAGGGUAGCACGCUGGCAGUAGACGGUGGCUUCUCAGAAGAUUCUCCUCUCAGUGGCUCUUUAAAUCCAGCAGAUGACUCUGUUGUAGGUUCUGGCAAUUUUAGCCAAAGACAGAAAGAUCUUUUAGAACCCAAGUGUCCUAGUACACAGUGUCCUCAAGCCCUUGUAGAUUUGGGUACCAGUGAACCUCAGGGUCCUUCAAAUCUUCCUCUACAAAAUCCAGGGCUUGAUUUACCAGGUACAGAUGGGGACCGGAAAUCUGCUUCUGUGCCUGAUAUUUUUGUGCCCUCUGAAGGGUUCAGUUUCAAGCCACACAAACAUCCUGAACUGCCACCAAAGGGGAAGGAUAUGAACUACUGCCCAGUUCUUGCCCCUCUCCCUUUACUCCUUCCUCCUCCACCACCUCCACCAAUUUGGAACCCCAUGAUUCCUGCUUUUGACCUCUUUCAAGGAAACCAUGGCUUCGUAGCGCCUGUUGUGACCACAGCUGCACACUGGAGACCUGUCAACUACACAUUUCCACCCCCCAUCAUCUCCCAUACUUCCCCAACAAAAGCAUGGAGAAACAGUGAGGGGACAAGUGCUUACCAAGUGCAAGAGGCCCCGGUGUCCCAGCCUGCCAGGAAGAAGACCACAUCUUAUGUUGGCUUAGUUCUUGUGCUUCUCAGAGGGCUACCGGGCUCAGGGAAGUCCUAUCUGGCAAGGACUUUGCAAGAGGAUAACCCAGGUGGAGUCAUUCUUAGUACUGAUGAUUACUUUUAUAUAAAUGGACAGUACCAGUUUGAUGUAAAGUACUUAGGAGAAGCCCACGAAUGGAACCAGAAUCGAGCAAAAGAAGCAUUUGAGAAGAAGGUAUCUCCAGUAAUCAUAGAUAAUACAAACCUUCAAGCAUGGGAAAUGAAGCCAUAUGUUGCUUUGUCUCAGAAGCAUAAAUAUAAGGUUCUUUUCCGGGAACCAGACACAUGGUGGAAGUUCAAACCAAAGGAGCUUGCAAGGCGUAACAUUCAUGGAGUGAGCAAAGAGAAAAUAGCGAGAAUGUUGGAGCACUACCAGCGCUUUGUGUCCGUGCCGAUCAUCAUGAGUUCUUCAGACCCAGAGAGGACGGAGCGCAUCGCAUUGUGUGCAUAUGCUUGUGAGGACCAGAGUUCUGGCUCAGGAGACAAUGAAGCUAUUACCUCUGAAAAAGAAGAGAAUGUCUUAUCCACAUCUGUGAAGCACUUAGAGUUACCUGAGGAGAAGACACCUGAAGUGGCCAAAGAAGCAGUGUUCCCCGAGGGCACGUCCCCCCUCCCUCGGGCCAGUUUAAACAGGGGAAGAAAAGAGAUGAACACCGCGGGUCAUGGUGCUCACAGCAGCCCCUUCUUGCGGGAAGCCCCAAACUCCUGUUUUUCUCACUCUGAAAGCAAAGUUCAAGCCACAGACAAGAGUGAGAAAGAGCAAGAGCCGAUGCCGUCAAAAGAGCGUGCUGAAGUCGAUGGUUGGAGUCCUGCAGAGGGAGCAUCUCCAAGUAGUUACUGUGCUGAGGAUAGUCAAGAAGCUGGUGAGCUUGCAAGUGCUGGGACCCUCCAAAGUGAAAAUCCCCCACCUCCUGAAAUACUGGAAGAAAGAACAACAGGAAAGAAAAAGACCACUGGAAAACAAAAAAGCAAAUCAUCUUUGGAAAAGUUCCCAAAACCUGAACCAUCAAAUUUUGUGGGUGACUGGCCAGUUGAUAAGACAAUCAGCCAGAGGACCAAAAGGAACCGGAAAACUGAAAAAGGUUUAUCUGUACAAAAUGACAAAAAGUGUCAUCGCCCUCAGUCGCAGACAAUAUUUGAUACUAGGGUGUCUGUGAGUACGGGUCAUGUCCCGCAGCGAGGCUCUCCACAUGGAAAGGAAGAUCUUUCAGAAGUGCCCAGUAGCUGUCAGUAUGACCCUUACAAAAGUACCGAGCAACCCUCCUUCAGCACUGUGGGCGACUGGCCCUCACCUGCUUCGUUAGCUCAGAGAGAGCACAGGUCGAGGAUACCAAAAGCUGGCUUAAGUGAAAUCAGCUUAGAAUUUGGAGCUAGUGACAGCGUGGGUGAAAUACCCUUGUACCCCACACAUGAGGCCUAUUGGGGCACAAGCCCUGAAGAACUCAAAUCACUGGGUUCCACCCUUCGAAGUUCUGAAGUGCUGCCUAGUAAAACAACUCACGAGGAUCAAACUUCCCUGAGCAAAACGAUUCCUAGCCAGCACACACUGCCCCUUCCCUUCUCCAGUAGUGCAGCUGCCCUGCCUGGAGUCAUGGGACCUCCUCGGUCUCUAGCAGUGGGGGUGUCUGGGAUUGUUUCUGGAGUAGAUACGAGCACAUGUGCCCAGACUGAGCCCCAAGAUUUUGCUCUUUUGUGGAAACUAGAAAAGAAUAAAAUCAGUGUUUCAGAUUCUGUCAGAGUGCUAACAGGAAAACUAGAUGGGUUUAAGCCAAAAGAUUUUACUACUAAUAGGAAAUUAAAUGUUCAUGAAGCAAUUCCAUACAGAGUAAUGCAUGACAAAAGCACGUAUGUGGAAGAAAGUGAGCUCACCAGUGCCGACGAGUCUGAGAAUCUUAACAUCCUUUGUAAACUAUUUGGGUCAUUUUCUUUAGAAGCCCUAAAAGAUUUAUAUGAGAGAUGUAAUAAAGAUAUUAUUUGGGCAACGAGCCUUUUGUUGGACUCUGAGACUAAACUAUGUGAGGACACUGAGGUUGAGAAUCCCCCCAGAUCAUAUGACGAGUCACAAGUGGGGCCAUUCUCUAUGGGGCUGGAUUUGAAGGAAAUUAUUGGCCAUAGAGGAACCUCAGAAGAUCCUAAGUGUUCCGUGUCAGAAUUUAACCCUGGGGCUGGUAUCAGGAACACUAAUGCACAGUCUGCUGGUGAUGCAGAGAAGGGAAACUUGAAGCAGGAAGAGAUGAGAGCUGUAAAUCCUGAAAGCCCUGAGCUCGUAGCCAGACUAUUUCCUAAUGCUGCUGUAGUUCCUAGCACUCAGGCUGACGGGUCGGGUGUACACAGCUUUAAGCUGCCUCUUUUGCUUACUCCAAAACCUAAUGUCCUCAGAGAUGUUAGUGAAAUGGAGAAGAAUGUAAUAGCCACAGAGACUGGCGGCAGUGUUCAUUCUUUUUUAAAUUUAUCUGAUAUUAUCAACUCUGCAACAAGCACUUCAAAUCCUGACUUAAAUGAAGUUUAUCUUACUAGCUCGUUGGAAGUAAAGAAAAAUGAGAAUAUUCCUAAGGAUUAUGUAAAAUUUGGAAACAUGGAAGAAUUUAUCAAUGAAGAUAAACAGGAAAUGGAGAAAAUUCUAAUGCCAGGAACUAGUUUGUCAGCUGGAGUUAGUCGAGAGGAUAAAACCGAGGUAUCGAAUCCCACACCAGUGAUGGCCAAAUCUCUGACCAUAGACUGUCUGGAGUUGGCAUUACCCCCUGAGUUGGCUUUCCAACUUAAUGAAUUAUUUGGCCCAGUUGGUAUUGAUUCAGGCUCUCUAACAGUUGAGGAUUGUGUGGUUCAUAUAGAUCUGAAUCUGGCUAAAGUGAUUCAUGAGAAAUGGAGAGACUCUGUAAUGGAGCGACAGAGACAGGAGGAGGUGUCUUGUGGCAAGUGUAUGCAAGAUCCUUUGCUGGCUGGACCUGCUGUUCUUGAUAAUUCUGAACAAAAAUCAUCUCAGAAAACAGGCAAAAAGUUAUUGAAGACUUUAGUGGCACCUGAGACACCGGAUCCCUGGAACACUCAAACAAAGAAGGUUUCACUGCGAGAAAUAAUGUCAGAAGAAAUCGCCUUACAGGAGAAACAUGAUUUGAAAAGGGAGACACUUAUGUUUGAAAAAGACUGUGCCACUAAACUAAAGGAGAAGCAGCUCUUUAAAAUAUUUCCAGCCAUUAACCAAAAUUUCCUGAUGGACAUUUUCAAAGAUCACAACUAUUCACUGGAACACACAGUACAGUUUCUAAACUGUGUUCUUGAAGGAGACCCUGUGAAAACAGUUGUCGCUCAAGAAUGCGGUCACCAAAAUGAGAAUAUCACUUCUCAUACUGCACUAAAAUCAAAAGAGAAAAAGGCAAAGAAACAGAGAGAGACUGAUGAUAUGGCAGGGGACUCAUCUUUCCAGGAUUUUGAGUACCCCGAGUAUGAUGACUACAGGGCGGAGGCUUUCCUGCACCAGCAGAAGAGGAUGGAGUGCUACAGCAAGGCCAAGGAAGCCUACCGCAUGGGGAAGAAGAAUGUGGCCACCUUUUAUGCUCAGCAGGGCAGUCUUCACGAGCAGAAGAUGAAAGAAGCCAAUCACCUCGCUGCUGUGGAGAUCUUUGAGAAGGUCAAUGCCUCUCUGCUGCCACAGAAUGUCUUAGACCUGCAUGGGCUGCAUGUGGAUGAAGCUAUAGAGCACCUGACAGCAGUUUUACAGCGGAAAACAGAAGAAUUUAAGCAGAAUGGCGGUAAGCCCUACCUUUCUGUGAUUACGGGGAGAGGAAACCACAGCCAGGGAGGAGUUGCUCGCAUCAAGCCAGCUGUCAUUAAAUACCUCACAAGCCACAGUUUCAGGUUCUCUGAAAUUAAGCCAGGGUGCUUGAAGGUCAUGCUAAAGUAAGAUUUAAAAGCCCUGACUUUAGAGACAUGAAGAUUUAUAGGCUGAAAUUGGUUUUAUCUGCAGUAAUUCAGUCAGUUCUACUCUCAGAUGUGUUUUAUUAGGAAUAUAAAACAAGAAAAAGGUUUCUCAGAAUCCAAAGAAAGUUUUUUUACUGGAUCAAAUUCCAGUCUGUUACUUGGUAAAACAUUAAAAAGAGUUUUUUAUUGAUUAUAAUAUGCCUAAAAAAUUAUCACCUGCAGUUUAAAAGUCUUAAGUACUCUAGUUUGUUUUUAGGAGAAAACACAAAACAAGAACAAUGAAAACGCUGCCUUUGUGUUAACCGUUUCCUAUUAGAGAAGUCUGUAGAAGCCUGUGAGGGGCACUGUGCUUUUGAAACCUGGUUCCUGGCUCUCAAAGAACAGGGUUCAAAAUAGUAAAGGGGAAGGAUGAUCAGCAGAACACGGAUUCUUUCUGCUUUCGAAGCCUGUCACACAGAGUCACUUGACGUUGUGUCCCGUGCAGAUGGGCGGACACUCGGUUAUCCUUUCCUCUGUGUCUGUGAUCUUGACCCCUUCCCUUCUGUGCUGUUCUGUGCUGUGCAUUUCCUGGGAGGAAAGCGGGGUCUGAGACUAAGCUGCAGUCUCAGUUCAGAGGAGGAGACUGCCUACAGGACCGCUUGUGGACCCGUCCGAGAGUGACUCCAGACAGUGCUAAGUGGCUGCUUUUAUACGUGUAACGUCAUUUCUAAGCUGUGUGAGUUAAAAAUCCUAUUGAUAUAAGUGUGAAAACAUACUUUGGUAUAACUGUAAAAGAAACCCUUGUAAUUAGAAAGACUUUUUUACCUUUAUUUUGAAAAGGAGCCAAUUUUCUGAAUGAAAAGUCUCAUUGGCUUCUGUUGGGCCAGUGUCCUGUUAGAAUGUAAAUUUCCUUUAUACAGACUUAGUAUGGUGAAGUGUAAUUUUUCUAUAAUGAGAUAGUAGUUAAAAUAAAUUUAACUUUGGAUAUACAGAGUAUUUUCAACAUAUACAGUGUUUGCAAACAAUUAUGUUGCUUUUUAUUUGGCUUACAAAAUCACCUUCAUCAGGAAUGCGGCAUUGCCCUGCACUGAAGAAUACUGACAGACAGAAUGAGCCCCCAAAGAACAGAUAUGUUAGUGGAAAUAAAGCUCAAAAUCAUGUUCUUACAUCUUGUGAAUCAUGCUUUUAAAAUAAGAGCCUUACCAUUGAAUUUUAUUGCCAUAAAAACAAAAAUCCAUGUUUAUUACCUGCAAAUGGUUAGUGAUUACUGAUAUUCAAGUGGUUAUAUUUUUAGACUUGUAAUAAUUUGUUUUAAAAAUUGCAGUAGUGUCUCACUUUUUGGUAGUGCUCAGAGGUGUUAUAUAUAUUAAAAAAAAGCAGUUCCCUUUUAUAACUUAGUACAAAAACCAUAAUCAGUAGUUAAUGAAGUGAGCUUAUUUCUGUUUUCAGGUUAAUACGAUUUAAACAGUGAGAAACAGUAUUAAACCUGCAGUUAUUGGAGUGUGUGCAGCUACAUACUCUUUUUCUGUGUUUUAUAUUUUUCAUCUUUUAAAAAACUCAUAUUUGAAUACUUGAGAUAGUCUUAUUAUAUUACUGUGAUUAUAAUUAAUAAGGGAGCAAUGAGGAGAAGUACGAGCCUGGCGCACUGUGGUUGGAGGCCAAGGGGAAGCAGCUGUCUUGAUGCUGUGCACGGCCUGAUUCUGAGAAGUCCAGCCGUGGUUCUGUGUGAUGGAAUGACCUAAUAGAGAUCUUGACGUCACUACGCACAGCAAGUCAGCCACAAACUCACAAUCCUUCUGCCUUACCUGCCUAAAUGUUAAGAUUAUAGGUGUGCUUUGCCAUGCUUGGCUUCCUAUUCCUUAAUUAUUAUCUAUAAAUACACAAAGCUUGAACAUUAUACAUAUAUAUAUUUGUAGUCCCAAAAUUUCUCCUUAUCCUACUAUCUGGUAUUGUUUAAGCAGUUACAAUUAUGAAAGAAUAUUCUCUGAUUUUUCUUUUGCCAAUCUCUGAAUCUCAUGUGCCAGCCAAAGGUAGAUAUUUUGGGGAUCAUGAGUUUUUUUUCCCCCACUUCUAAAUUUUGUAUGUCAGAAGUAAAGAUGGUUUAGAAAUAAUCCAGGUUAGAAGAAUUCUUUGUAAACCUAAUAUUUUAAAGCAUUUUAAAAAUACAGGAUUUCUUCCAAAAACUUGGAAGCUCUCGGUAGCAGUUCUAUACAUCUAAUAGUCUGUUGUUGCUGUCGGCCCCGUGUGAGAAGAGAAUGGAAGGGACACUGCGGUGGGAGUGCAGCGGGGCCAGGGCCUCAGGACCGUCCAGCCCAUUCCUGAUCCUGGGAGACAACCUGAGCAUGUCUUCUGACAUUCAUUAGCUCUUCAUGUGUCACUGUUAUUUUCGAGUUGAAAUUCUCUUCUGUUUAUUAGUAUUCCCACACUACUUUUAAUCCUAUUUUUACAUACAGUCCGUAUUACAUGGUGGAACCUGGGGCUGAAAUGAUUGUAUUCUAACAUAUAUGGAGAAGGAAAGCUUCCAGUUCCUUUGGGUGGUUUCCUGUCCUUUGUUUCUUUUUCUCUUUAAAUUCAAGUGUUCUGUUUGCUUUGGAAGGACACGUGUAAUGACAAGGUUAGUUAUUUCUGAGCUGGCAAUUGGAAACUUUUGAAACUCAAGAAAUUGUUCUGACAGUGUUUUAGCUGCUCUCAAAAAAAUGUUUGAAACAGACAAAAAUAAUGUGUGCUGUUUUUUCCGAGUGCUUUUCCGUUGUGCAAUGAGGUGACAUUUGAUAAUGCUCUGUGCUGUGCUUAAAUGUUGCUUAUUUUUAAUUACUUGUAAAGAAAACAGAUUUAAAUGUCUGUGUGGCCAAAACCAAGUGCCAUUUAAAAGGAAAAGUAAGGCGAUGUAGAAUGUAUGUUAAUGGUGCUUAUUUUUUAAAGUGUAAUUUAAGUUUACAGUAUUACUUGGGAAUAGAGAAGCAAGGCUAGAACCUCUGUGUCCUAAGGCCUCAUGACCUCAGAUAGAUGAUGACGACGUUCAUUCAUUGUGUCCUCACAGCUGAGCGGUUGACUUCUGUGGUCAGAUGAUGAACCUGUUGUUAUUGUUGAGUUUACCCCAGACGUCUCGUUACUGUGCCACACUGCAGCCAGCGGUUGAAGAGAGACUAGAAGCUGCUCAGACAGUAUAUAUUAGAAGCAAUGUUUUUGUUUGUACUAUAAAAACGUGAUUUUUGCUGUCAACUCUGUACUUUUUUAUUGAAAAUGUUUAUAACUUUGCUUUUAAAAUUUCUUAUGAAACCAUUUGCAAAUUACACACUUAAUUUAAUAAAAUGCUUUAGUCACA